AUGCCAUUUUCACACCAUAGCCACUCAGGGCAGUUCUGCCCCGGACACGCCAAAGACUCCCUUGAGGAAGUUAUCCAAUUGGCAAUCGCAAAAAAAUUCAAAGUAUUUUGCCUGACGGAACAUAUGCCCCGCGGAGAAUUGGAUUACUACCCAGAAGAGAUUGAAUCUGGCCAAACGGGGUCAUGGAUGAUUGCGAACGAGGCGGACUAUUUCCACGAAGCAACUAGAUUACGGGAAAAGUAUGCCGGUCAGAUCCGGAUUCUCGUCGGGUUCGAGAUUGACUGGAUCCGACCCGAGUCGCGAGCCCUAGUUGAGACGUCGAUGAAGGCGUUCCCGUUCGAGUUCUUCAUGGGAUCGUUACAUCACACGCGCACCGUGCCGAUCGACUAUGACCGCGAGAUGUACGAAAAGGCGCGCGACUUGACCGGCGGCUCGGAUGAGCGGUUAUUCGAGGCUUACUUUGACGAGCAGCUGGAUAUGUUACAGCAGUUGAAGCCGCUAGUCGUUGGACAUUUCGAUCUCAUCCGGCUCAAGAGCGAUGAUCCUGAGCGGAGUUUCAAGCAAUGGCCCGGAGUUUGGCAGCGGAUCUUGCGCAAUUUGGACUACGUGGCUGGAUAUGGUGGUAUCCUGGAGCUGAAUUCUGCUGCGCUGCGGAAGGGCAUGAGUGAGCCUUAUCCCAAGGCGGAGAUAUGCAAGGAGUUUUUGACCCGCGGAGGCCGUUUCUGUUUGUCUGACGAUAGUCACGGGUUGGAUCAGGUUGGGCUGAAUUACCACCGGGUGCUUGAUUUCAUUGAGAAGACGGGCAUUGCAACACUGUACUAUCUCGAUCUCAGGGCCGAAGGCGAGACUCAGCCCGCGGUUGAUAGCCGAUUUCCUCAUACGCUCAUCAAAUCCGUGUCUGUUGACGAGAUGAAGAGCAUGAGCUUUUGGAAAGGAAGCUAG